GUUAUUUAAGAAAUAAGAUAUUAUAUUAGCUUUAUUAAUUUUACUAUUAAUAUUACGUCGACUACACUCCAAAACCUGGUCAGAGAAACAACAACAACAGAGAGAUCAAAACCAGCGGAGUUUAGCAGCUGGCUAACUCGUCUCAUUUUAACCCUUCCCUGCGUUUUUAAUUCAGUUAUUUCAUAGACCAACCUCACGCUGUGUGGGAAAUCGAAACUAACUGCUGCUGCCCUCUGGAAUGGCAAGAGAGUGAUGAUUUACUCGAAACUUGGGAGACAAGUACAGUUGUCUGUUUAAUUUGACAGCAUAAUCACUGUCAGUACCAAACCCUUGAACAGAAAUUGAAUCUGAAAGCUCCAAGCGAACACAAACCUAUCUUCCCUAUUAAAAUGGAUGAACCACCUUGUUCACCAGGUCACACCUGCUCAGGAGAGCCCCAUGUGGGCUGUAAUGACACUGCUCCAUGUCUUGUGGACAACAAAGUUGAGGGGAAAACUGGCAAGAAGAAUAAAAAGCAUAAAAAGAGACAGAGUGCUGCAUGCCAAAUGAAAGCAGGUGGUGAGUGUACUCAGGUCACUGUUGAAAAGAUGUCACCACCCUCACAACACCUGCCUGAGCGCCUCGAAAAAAGGUCUGCAGGAUCAAAGCAAGAAAAGAAUACUCGCAAAACAAGAAAUCAAUCUAUUUCACCUAUAACUUCUCCUGCAAGCUCCUCUCAUCGACAAAAAGCCCAAAGUGCACAGAAAAAAACAUCAGCUCGGUCUACAUGUGACCAGUCAACUCAGACGGAGUCACCCCAACACCCCCAAUCUGUCCAAACGCAGUCAACACAAACCACUUCGUUCCAGGAAGUACACACACCAUCAGCAGAAUCCAAGUCCACCCAGACAAUAAAGUCCAGUUUUCCCUUAAAACAGGCAUACUGGGAAAAUUCACUCACAGAUCAGUCAGCUGAUCAGCAGAAAACCCAAUCCAGCACCAAAAGCAGCUAUCUGACAGUGAUAUCCUGGAAUAUAGACGGUCUGGAUUCGGAUAAUGUCUUUAACCGGGUCAAAGGUCUGCUGUCACUCUUAGGAAAGCACCGUGCAGAUGUUGUACUGUUACAAGAGCUGAUUCCUCCUUUUUUGAUGAUUUUACAAAACAUUAUGAAUGAUUAUCAGUUUCUGCAAGCUAGUGAUGAGGGCUAUUUCACUGGCAUUUUGCUCAGAAAGGACAGAGUACAAUUCCUCCAGAGCAACAUUGUGAAGUACCCAACAACAGAGAUGGGCAGGAACCUGCUAAUAGCAAAUGUGAGCUUUUUAGGCCAUCCACUGUGCAUUAUGACAUCUCAUCUGGAGAGCUGUAAGACAAGCUCUCAAGAACGCCUGAAUCAGCUGCGGAGAGUCUGGAAGUGGAUGAAAGAGGCUCCAGAGGACCACUCAGUCAUAUUUGGAGGAGAUACUAACCUUAGGGAUUGGGAGGUGAAGAAGCUUGGGGGGCUGCCAGACGGUAUCUCUGAUGUGUGGGAGAUGCUGGGGAAACCAGAGGAAAGCAGAUACACCUGGGACACAUCCAUCAAUGAUAACAAAGAAAUCCCUGAUCCUAUACGCCUGCGAUUUGAUCGAGUUUUCAUCAGAACAGCCGCAGACAGUGCCAAGCUACGGCCAGAAAGCAUGACCCUGAUUGGUCUGGAGAAGCUGAAGUGUGACUAUUUCAUCAGCGAUCACUGGGGCAUUCUUUGUACUUUCACAUUUGGGGCAUCAGAAGAGCAGUGUGUCACUGACUAAUAUUCUUUUUUAUGGCCUGCACAUAAUUAUGUAUAUCUAAAUGGGUCAUAAGUUCAUGCUUUUAUAAACAAAUCACUAUUGAUAAAUGAACUCUGAACUAGUGUUUAAAUGUUCAUUGACAAUCAUAAACUGCUGGUUGAUUAACUUAUGCACCAACCAUAUACCUAUAGGGGAGACCAGGGCUAGUUGUCACACUUUUCACUCCAGUGAUACAGUGAAUAUUUCUAUAUAAUCACAUACCUUACAUCUUGGCUACAAAAAAGCCACCACAAAAAAUUUCCACCAUUAUUACACAGGAAAAAAUAUAGUUCAUUGAACAUACACUGAUCGUUUGACACAAAUCACAAUGGAACCUGCCAUUAAACAGCCUAUUAUUGGAUUAAGUAAACCAUUACAUUGUAUAACAUUAAAAACACAUAUCACAACUCCAUCCUGACUUUUAUGAAAAAUAUUCCUUGUCCUGAGAACAUAGUUCAGUCUUUCAAUCUUCAUUAUGUUGUUUGAAUGCACGGCAUAUACAAAAUUACUGCUAAAGAAAACACAUUUGUGUAAUUGGAAUUUAGACUUUUGACUAGACCUUAAUUUAGACUUGACAAUGUGACAAGUAUCACCAGUCUCCUCUAUAUGCAAAUGUUAAUAACUAAAUAAUAACUAUCAAAUCUACAGUUUUCUUCCCUUAGUAUUCCACUAGAGGGAGCUAAAAGGACAGCUUAUGAUUCUUAUGUAUGCUGUGAACAACCACAAAAAUAUCAGCGGUAUUUAUUAAUUUAUUAUUUUAUUUUAAUUCGUAAAAUUCUGGGUUUGGAACAGAGUAAGUAAUGUUACAUAGCUGAAAGUCUGGACUAAAUCUUUUGGAUGAUCAUGAGCAAUUAUGUUUAAAUGCAUGGAUAGUAAUAUAUUCUUUUGGUGAGGAACUGGCAAACAUGGCCCUGUUUUUACUUGGAGAAAUGAUUUACAGCACAUUCUCUCUCCUAAGCUAAACAGAACUGAAAUGUGCCAGUACAGUUAGAUACAAAUUUAGAGAGGUGGCAGGUUGACAACAAGAAUUAUUUUUUGUCAUUGGCAUAGUGUCAGGAAUUGGAUUAGCAAAGAGCCAUUUACCAGGACAGUCCUCAUCAUGGCCAGCUGGAUUUAGGAAUUUACUGUAUGCAGAAUGUGCCACGAAUCUUACAUUGCUUCUGUUUUCUUUAUUUAUUUUGUACCCAUAAUGUUUGUCUUAAAACCUCAUUCUUAUUAUCUAGAGAGUCUAAGAGAGAUUCUGCCAGCAUUGCCUCUCACAUAAUUGAACACUUACAUCAGUAAACAGAACUUUGUCCGAAUUUCAUGCUAAAGGCAAAAAUCUGUCCUUUAAAAUGUAUGACAAUAUCAUUAAUCAAAUGUUUAAUGUGGUAAAUGGAUCAAUGUUCUGUCAUGCUAAUCUAUUUCUUUCAUUUAUAAUACAUUGCAGAAUAAGAUGAAUUAAUUGCCAUAUCAUCUCCAUAUAAAGUAUUUAAUCACAUGUCACAUGUUCUAUCAGCAUUAUUUAAUAAAGACCAUCGUGAAGAUUGUGAAAGAUCAUUAGCUCCCACUGUUAUAGGAAACCCUUAGUCAUUUUACUACAACGAACUAAAAAUAUACUCACAUUAAUCCUUUUGGAAUAUUUUAUGCUGUUUUUAAAUUGGGUCAAACCAAGAGUCUGUUUGAAUAUAGUUUGUGUGGAGCCACAUGAAAAUCACAAAUUUUCAUAAAAUAUUAUCUGAA